GUGACCGUCAUCUUUGGAGUGCUGUGUGGUCAGGGGCUUCAAUCCGUGGCCGCCGCCUGGCUGUCCUUCUGGUCGGAUCACAGCCAUCCCGACAGCGUCCCUCACGUGACGGAUACUCUCGGCUUGGUGGGCUAUGGAGGGCUUAGCAUUACAGCAUUUGUUGGGAUUUUCUCGACAAGUGCGGUGUUCCGACUUACGGCGCUGAAAGCAGCACGGGCCUUUCAUCGCAAGCUCCUCGCAAACAUGCUACGACUUCCUAUGUCCUUCUUCGACACGACUCCGCUUGGCCGUGUCCUGAACCGCUUCUCCAAAGACAUCUACAUUAUUGAUGAGGUCUUGACGCAAAACUUGUACGCUUACCUGCAAGUCCUCUCAGUGGUGGUUUGCACAAUCAUUGUGAUUUCCGUCGCCACGCCGUGGUUCUUGGUCAUCAUUUUUCCGCUCCUCUUUCUGUACAGGGCCACUCAGAACUUUUACAUCCCGGCCUCCA